AUGUCUGAAUUAGUGGCUCGGACUGGUCGUCUUCAGCAGCGUUAUGAAGGUGGCUUUCGCCUCAUUUCUGGGUGCAUUCCCUUCAAGUAUGUAAAUAUGAAAGAAAAUGAUGGCAACACACCUAAGAAGAUAGUUGAAGUGCUAAUGAUCAGCUCAACUAGUGGACCCGGUCUUCUAUUUCCAAAGGGUGGGUGGGAAACUGAUGAAACGGCUGAGCAGGCAGCAGCCAGGGAAGCAAUAGAAGAGGCUGGAGUUCGAGGGGAUUUGGUGCACUUCCUGGGAUUCUAUGCUUUCAAGAGCAAAACGCUUCAGGACAAGUUCAGUCCAGAAGGCUUGUGUAAAGCUGCUAUGUAUGCUUUGCUCGUGAAAGAGGAACUUGAGUCCUGGCCUGAAAAGAGCCUUCGACAAAGAAGUUGGUUGAAAAUUCCUGAAGCUAUUCAAUGCUGCAAGCACUCAUGGAUGCGAGAGGCUCUUGAAGAAGCACAAUCUCAAGCCAAUCUUGAUGCCUUUUUAGUUCUAGUUUUUGUAUUUCUUCAUGGGAACUUGGAAGAGAAGAUGCAAAUAGUUCACUUGCUUUAG